AGAUACAACACUACAAUACUUCAUUUAGACGGAGUCACAGGAAGUAGAGCCAACAAAGAUGGACUAGAGUAAUAUUUUAUUGUUUAAAGACGCAUUCGUGGGCAACUCUGAUGUUGAAAUGGUUAGAAGCGGAAGCUAAGCAGUCGCUAUCGAGUCCUUUACUGAGUGUUUGAAGUAAGAUAGCGAGGAGGGCUGCGCGCGCUCGGUUGCUAUUCUGCGGUUGCUAGGAUACCGUCGUGAUGCUUGUCGAAUUAGAAAUCUGAUUGGCCGGGAGGCUGGUUAAACACUGAAAAAUAAACAAACCAAACAAGACGGUACAGGUGUAAAAAUCGGCAGGAAUGACAACUUUGUGGAAGAAAAAUGAAAACUCGAAGACGGUGACAGAAGCCGGAUACAUGCCUUAUAUGGAAAUGAAGUCAAGUUUUGGUCAGAAUGCAGAGGAAACUGAACCUUCUGGCAAAACCACAUCACAACACCUGAACACAACCACCAAACAGAAUAAAGAUGAAGGAUAUGGUUUAAGUUUGCAGCUGGGAGAGGAGUAUGAGAAGAAGAAGCAAAAGCUGAAGGAAGAGCUUCGUUUGGAUUACAGGCGUUAUGUGUUGGAGAAACAAAACGUCAAUGCCAGUGAGCCAUUUUCUCAGCACCAAACACUGUCUCUUCCCACAAGAGCAAGAAGAUCUUCUAAAUUGCAAGAUGAGAGGGUUAAGGAGUACAGUCCAUUACUCCAAGGAGAUGAGGAAAUGCAGAAGAUGAGAAAAACUUCAAAUACACCACAGCCCCAGGUUCGUGGAAAAGAUUUCUUGAUCUCUACAACUUCAAACCAUCCAUCAUUUCCUCCAAAACCACGAGGACGGAAGAGUCCAGAGAGGGUGCAGUAUUCCAAGAGAGACGACCAGACACGAAGAGGCUUGAAGGAUACAGCCAAACGCUGGCAUAGGAGGUCCAGGAGAGAGCGCUACAGCUCUGAGGAGGAGCUGAACUCAGAUGAGGAGGAGCAAGAGGAGCUUGAGCUCCUGCAAAAGAGGAGGCCCAGAUAUCGAACUAAGCCUACAGUAGCUGGCAGGAGACGCAGAAAACACCAACACAGAGCUGACAGGUUUACUCAGGAGAGAAGAGAAGUGGAGGUACCUACCGUUAAUGAAGAGGAAAACAGACGGACUCCACCGGCACCAAUUAAAGCCAAUUCACAAGCACCAACGCAAACCAGAGCUGCUAAUGAGAGGAACAUGGCAGCUUUUGCUACAGGACUUAUGAUUGGGGUUGCUGAGGGAGAGGAGGCUGUUCAGAGAAGGAAGGAGCGCUAUAGACAGGAGCUGCUGGAGCAAAUAGCUGAGCAGCGCAGAAAUAAGAAAAAGGAAAAGGAGCUCGAAUUGAGAGUUGCUGCUACAGGUGCUACUGACCCAGAGAAAGAGCCUAACAGGAUUAAGCAGUUUGGUGGUGUAUGUAAAGAGCAUGAAGGCAGGAGACAGGAUGUGUCCAACAAGCCCGGAAUGGGACUGGACACCUUGGGGGCAGACGUAGACAAAAGGACGCAAGAAAUGGAGAGAGAGCCACCUGAGAAACCCCGUCUGGCCUUCCAGUCUCCUAUGUUGGAAUACAGCGCCGCUCUGGGGCACCUGGGUAACACAACAAGCGGUGGCGUCGCAGCCACCAGUGAAAACUUUCACAAAGACCUCUCGGGAACUGUUGGAGAAAUGGUUGCCCCAAGUCUCAGAGUUGCAAGAGUUCCUCCUCCACCAGCACCCACCCUCUCCAAGGUGUACAACACACCGUAUGAUGAAGCGUACUAUUACUACGGGGCCAGGAAUCCCCUAGACCUUAAUCUGGCCUACUAUGGUCCCCCAGCAAUGCAGCCAUCACCUAAUCUCCCAGCCAGAGCACUUGCAUCUGUCCUUCAGCCUCCCGCUGGAGUCUUUGUACAACCGGUUUCACAGCAUGGCAUUUCUCCUUCUGGGAUUGGAGCAUAUCCUUCUGUUAGGCACCAACAUCCCAAGGACUAUGCGCCAAGCUACAAGGAUGCACUUAAACAACAGAUUGAAGAGAGGCAGGAAAGGAGGAGACAGGAAAGGGAGGAGAAGGAAAGGUACGAGGCUAAAUUGGAGGCAGAGAUGGAAGCCUAUGAGCCAUGGGGAAGAGGAGGAGCUGGAGCUCCACUUAAGGAUAACCAAGGAAACCUCAGUGAUCUAAAGCGCGUGCACAGGACUAACGAGGAGGCCGAUGUGAACCCAGAAUCAGGUAACCGAAGAGCCAAAGCAUCAGUGGAUCGGACUGCAGCUACAUCAAGAGCAGCAGAUCAAGGUUAUUCUCCACACAGAGCAUCAGAUAACAAAGUUUCAUCCUUUAGCCGGCCUUCGCCGCACGCGCGGGGAAAUGUGUUCAGUGAGCUCCCAACACCGCAGCAGCUCCGCGAGCAGGAGAGAUACAAGGAAUGUCUGAAACAGCAGAUAGAGGAGAAGCGGAGGAUGGAGGCAGAGAGGAAAGAGAGGCUGAGGCUGGAGGAGGAGAAGGAGGAGAAGAGGCUGGCUGAAGAGAGAGCACACAUGCAGAGGCAGUUUAAGGAGGAGCAGGAGAAGGAAAGACGCAAGGAAAUGGAGCGAAAAGCCAGAAACCAGGAGAUGAUUUGGGAAGCUGAGGAACGGCGCAAAAAGGCUGAAAAGAAGGAGGAAGACAAGAAGGCAAGUGAGGCAUUAAAGCAGAAGCAUGAGCAAGAAAGGCGAGCCCGGCUGGAGCAGGACUUCAGGUCUCAUUCACCGCCCAUCCCUACAGUACAAAAGAGAUUGGGCCACCAGAUUCCACCCAGACCACCUUCAGUUGACAGCCAACGGUCAGCUACAGUUUUCUCUGUUCAGUCUGUUUCCACUCCUCAGUCCCCACCUGUUCCUGCACGGAGGAACCAGAUCAGAACAGCAGAGGAACAGCAGGAUGUGAUCAGGGAGUUGUCAGUUAUGCGUAGGCACCUCAAAAGUGAGCAGAAGCGGCUUGAAGGGCAGCUACUACAGUCAGACAGAGAGGAUACACAAACUCCCUUGAAAAACAGAGCGCUACCUCGAUUGAACGCCUUUGACAUGGCCAGGCUGAGGAUGCAGGUGCCUGUAGGGAGACCACCUUCAAACACCAGACCACUGAACAAGCAGAUUGUACAGGACUUCAACCAGCUCAAGUACAGAGAUAGCGAGUCUCGUGAACAAGUGAGGCAGGCGUAUCCUGGACCACCCACUGAUGAGGCCAGCCUGGAGAUCCAGCAGCAGGCUCUGCUCCGAGAGCAACAGCGGAGACUCGACAACAUGCAAAGAGCCAGAGCCGUCGAUUGCUUUGACCUGUCGUCUCCCAUGAAGCCUGCUCCUCGUCGGAAGGACAGCUGUGUCGAAGAGGCUGAGAGUGCUUCUAUUGAUGCAAAUGGUUGUUCCUUCCCGAUAUCACCACACCCUGAUCGAAUCUCUGCUAGAGAGAGAAGACGGCGAGCCAGAAGGGCAGACUUCUCUAAUGCUACGGAGACCUUCAGUGGAGAGAGGAUCAGCUAUUCUUUGGGUUCAGCAGACAGCCUUCAACUGGACCAAGUGCAAAAGCUGAACCAGCGAAGGAUGAGAAUGUUGGAUGACAUGAGUGAGAAGGACCGGAGAUCAGGAGACAUAUCUGUUGAUGAAGAGGAUGACUUUUGGCAGCAAUCUCCACCCUCUGCCCAUCGUGUUUCUACAACAACAGUCGCCACGGAGGCCUGGCUCCGCCCUGGCACCACAGAGACGCUGAAGAAGCUGAUGGCAGGUCGAAGGCCAUCCAGCCGCAACCUGCCAAGAGAUGAACGUGACGCACAGUCCACUUACCAGGGCUAGUGCAAAGUUCAGGCUAAUUUAAAACCAAACAAGGGUGUGACUUUUUUUUUUUUUUUAAAUUUGUUCCAUGGCUUGGUUUGCUGUCAUGAAGCAGCUGCAAAGGCCAGAUGGGUCUGAAGCCAUAGCUGGAUCACUUUAAAUGAGCAUCACAGCACCGGAAAGGACUUACUGUACAGUCUGUUUUGGUACAGCUUAAAUGACUGACUUGUUUUUCUAUAUUUGAUGUAUUUUAAAUAUGAAUUAUUUUUAAAGGUAUGAGUGCAAAUGCUGAUCAUUAAA